AUGAGUUGUUCCAUUCCUACCAAUGGUGACUGGAAUAAGCAAGAAGAAUUAUUUCCCCAAUUAUGCGGCAGCCGUCAACCACCUCCUUCCACGCAAGUCGACUCCAUCAGUUUCCAAUGUCGUUUGCUAAGACAGAAGGCUAAAGAACGGCUAAAUACUCCAAUACUAGUUGAUUUAAAGGAGGAGCUGCAUCAAAAUGUGGAAAUUUUGAGCCAAGAAGAAACCUUGAGACAAAAAAGGGCGGAAAAAAUAGUCGAUCAAAUUAUUCGCAGCACAAAAGCAAGUUUCCGUCGUGCGCUGCCAUCUUUUUCAUCAAAUGAAUCAAACAAUGAAGACAGAAACAUUUCAAACGUUGGAAAUCCUGAGUUUUACUCAUAUGACCCAAAAUUUGGCAUUGAACCACAAGAUAAGUCCACCGUCUCCCUAGAUGCCAGCAACGAUUAUCCUACUCAAGAAGUUGCUAUCCUAAACCAUUCUAGAAAAUCGUAUGACGAAGUCAUUAAUUCCUUCACUGAUAACCAAGAGCCCACUUUUGAUGAUGAAAAAAGUAACAAGAAUGAUCACGCCCCCCUUAUCAAAUUCGAUGCCACAACAGAGUACGUGGAACUGCCGGUGAGCAAAGAGAAGGCAAGAGUUCCUUUGAAGAGGAUCCUUCCGGUGAAACAUCUUCCUGUUGAUCCACUGGCCAAAAUUAGGAAUGAAAAACGACUCUUCUCUGUUGGUUUUAAGAUGACAGAGAGGACAGACAGUAAUAAGACAUUGAAUGAUAUUGAACAAAUGCAUGUAACUGCUCUGAUUCGUCUCUGUGAAGCUUACACCAAAAAUCUUGGUUUAAAUUAUUUGAAUGCUUUAGCGAAAGAAAGUGUCAUGCCAUUGACUCCAUCCCACGUAGAUGAAAUCCAACAUUUAGAGUGGCAUGGAAGUGGAAAAAUUGUUGAAGAUGCGACUGAGCGUUUGUGGAAUUGGGAGAAGUCUGUUAUCAACAGCAACCUUCUGCGUGACUAUCAAGGUCGACCUAUAUUCAACAAAGACCUUGACAUUCGUCACAUCUCAGGAUCGCCUGAUGUCUACCAGGUGUCUCUUGGACCCAACGAAUACGACGCCAAGUCGGAUUUGGGUGCCCUUCUAAUUAAGGAUUCGGACUCUUCUACGGACAUGGAGUUUGAUGAGGUGGAUUUUAUACUUGGGCACGCUGUUCACCCCUUCACCGAUUCCAUCAUUCUAGCUGGAGGUCUGCAUCCUUCAAAAGCACGCGACCGAUAUUUGAUAAGGCAGAAGGCUAACAAGGAUGCAUCACAAUCACAAAUUGACUCAAUCCAAGAUGAAAAUUUAGAAGAAUCAGUGAAUGGAAAACUCAAAAAGGGAGGCGAUGAUGACCUAGAAGGUUUCCAAGCCACUUCACCACUGUCGGUUGGAGCAGAGGCGGAGAGUGCUUUGAAGACGUCCACAAUGACACCCACAGAGACGACAUUCACAUCAAUGGAACCUACGUCGACUACAGUAACCAGUACUUCGCUUCCAGGUGGCGUAUCUGGAGAGAAGCAGAAAGCUGCUGAUACUGCCACCGCCUCUGUAAAAGCGUCGACAUCUCAGAAACAUCGCAGGGGGACAGAUGCAAUUCAAUCAAAGGCUGAGUACAAGAGGCAAGACCGGACACGAUUUGCUCGACGAAAUCGUAAUGAUAAAAGAGGGCGUGAUCCUAUUGAAAUUUUAAAUGACUUUCCAGUGGAUAAUCUUAGAUGCGGCUUUGAAAAUGUUGCUGUGGAUUGGUGCGAGCUAAUCGCGGCUGCAGGAGCUCCCAACCCGAUGUGCUGGUUCGAGGCAAUGGAUGCAAUGGAGAACUGCGAAUUCGAUAAGGUCUCCAUGGGUUCAGAGGACCAGGUUCAGGAGCGAGAGGCAUACGGUCUAGGCAGGCGCUUCAUUACUGUUGCUGGAGGACUAGAAGGUCUCUAUACGAUACUCAAACACACCGUUGAGCCCGAUCAGCCGAAAGCCGAAGUACUUCUCGACUGCAUGGUGAAGAAUUACAAACUACAAAUGCCCUUAGCAGUUGGUGAUGCUAUUCGAUUGCGCGAACUUUACAAAAAUACAAUUGUGAAGAAUCCUAUGCUCUACAAAAUGGUCCUCCGUCGACGUAAUAUCCUACCUGAAGACCUGCAAGCCUUUGUGGCCAAAAUUAUCGAAACAACUGAGUCCUCAGACGAUAUGCUAGCUGCUCUCUAUCCUUCAAAGUCAAACUCAGAGCUAAUUUGUGCAGCAGCAAAAGAGAUGUUCACUUCCGGAUAUCUGAUUGGGGGUCCACCGUGUCCAGUUUCUCGCGUUGCUGCCCUUAAGUGCAUUAAGAAACCAGAGCGGAUUUCGAACGACGAGGACUACUUUCCAGAAUGUGACAGAGAGCCGUCAAGCCUUUCUAUCGAAGAACAAAGUCCUUCGGUUGGACUUGCAGCGUGUGGUAGCGAAGCUAAUUUUGAUAAGGCCUUCCACAUUGGUCUUAGUAACCCCUCUCAAAACAUCCUACAAGAGGUAGCAUAUCAUAUUCCUGAGUUUGCGUAUUACGUACGGCCUCUAUUUGAAACCAAGUGGGUGGAAAUUGGUCAUGAUCGCAGUUGUGAAGCAAUGCUGCCACCACUCUACGAGCUACGUAAUAUGCGACGACGGAGGCUUGAAAUGCUGAAGCUGGGCUUGAACCUUACAGAAAAAGAGGAAAAAGACGAAGGGUUAAGAGUUCGACAGCUCUCCUAUGACCUUGUUGAGCGGUUGUGUUACCUCAUCACCUGUCUGAACACAAACUCCAAUAAUGGUGUUUGGAUGGGUCUUCUGGCCUGUUUUCAUGGUAUCAUGUUUUGGCCAUCGAUAGGGGAUUUCCUUGUCUCACGAUUGAAUGUAUGGAUACCUGCUCUGUUACUCACCUUGCAGAGCAAUUACACCACAGUUCGUGAAGAGGGUUGUUGUGUUCUCACUUUCCUGGCUUGUUGUUAUCCUCUCUUCUGUCGUCUGCACACAGUCUGCCGAAACCUCCUCAUUUCAAAUAUGACUUUUGCUCUGCUGGAUGCAAUGGAACGACACCCAGAUUCCUAUACAUGCUUCCAUGGUACUCUAGCAUACAUCCUACACUCAUUACCAUGCAAUGCGGUUAUAGACUGUUUACUAACAUGGAUUCCCGAUAUUAUAGAUCGUCGAAGUGAAAGUCCUUUGGCAAGAGACUGGCCUCUCUUUGUGUAUUAUGUUGCAAGACACUGGCCAACCUUUGCCAUUAACUGGAACCUCCUCCACACUAGGCAAGUAAUAAAACUGCUGGAAUGUGGACUGACCAAACCCAUCUCAAAGCACAAUGCACGCCUGGCACUGGGAUAUGUAGUGAGACGAAGAGGACUCAUAUCUUCAGUCGUAACUGUGUGGAAUAAUAGUGAUAACAAGGUAUAG